CCUACGUCACAUGACGCAGCCCAUCAUGGCGGCGGGAGCGCGGCUGCCUGGGCCCGCGGCUCCGCAGGGUGGCUGCCGUUGCUGCUAUUGAGGGGCGGCGGCGGCGCAGACAGGCGGGAAGGAUGAUGAUGGUUCCGCGGCCAGAGCGGCAGAUGCAGACCGGGAACGAGGUUGAAGUUUGGCUGAAGAGACGUGUGUCCCGAAGCAGCCGGCGCCAGUGUCGCUGAGGCAGCGCUGAGGACUGACUGACCGACUGACUGAAGACGGCGACCCGAGAGCCGGCCCCAGGGGACCGCGCGGUUUACGAGAUGCCGGGGCCGCCGGUGUCCUCGCCGCCGCCGGUGCUGCUGCUGCUGCUGCUCCUGGCCGUCGGCAGUGCCCGGGCCGCGCCACUUCCGCAAACAGGUGCAGAGGAAGCACCUGUUGCAGAAGUUCCUUCCCUGUUUGUGAUCCUGUCGGUGUGCAGUUUAAUGAUACUGAUAGUGUUAAUUGCAAACUGUGUUUCCUGCUGUAAGGAUCCAGAAAUAGACUUUAAGGAAUUUGAAGAUAAUUUUGAUGAUGAGAUAGAUUUCACACCACCUGCAGAAGACACCCCCUCUGUCCAGUCCCCAGCAGAGGUCUUCACACUCUCAGUGCCAAAUAUUUCACUUCCAGCUCCAUCCCAGUUCCAGUCUUCUGUGGAAGGUUUCAAGUCUCAAGUUGCCCGACACAGUCUAAACUAUAUACAAGAAAUUGGAAGUGGCUGGUUUGGAAAGGUCCUCCUGGGAGAGACUUACACGGGCACCAGCGUAGCAAGAGUCAUAGUGAAGGAGUUAAAAGCAAGUGCAAGCCCAAAGGAACAAGAUACUUUCCUGAAAAAUGGAGAGCCUUAUUAUAUUCUUCAGCAUCCGAAUGUCCUUCAGUGUGUGGGGCAGUGCGUGGAAGCAAUUCCCUACCUUCUGGUGUUUGAGUUCUGCGACCUGGGCGACCUGAAGGCUUACCUGCGCAAUGAGCAAGAGCAUGUGCGGGGAGAUUCACAGACCAUGCUGCUGCAGAGGAUGGCGUGUGAGAUUGCUGCAGGGUUGGCAGCCAUGCAUAAGCUGCACUUCCUGCACAGUGAUCUGGCCCUACGGAAUUGUUUUCUCACCUCCGACUUAAAUGUCAAAGUGGGCGACUAUGGAAUAGGAUUCAGCAGAUACAAGGAGGAUUACAUUGAGACAGAUGACAAAAAAAUUUUCCCUCUGAGGUGGACUGCUCCAGAAUUAGUGACCAGCUUUCAAGACAGACUCCUGACUGCAGAGCAGACUAAAUACAGUAAUAUCUGGUCAUUGGGUGUGACACUUUGGGAACUCUUCAGUAAUGCUGCUCAGCCUUAUGCAAAUCUUUCCGACCUGGAUGUUCUCAAUCAAGUCGUUAGAGAGAGGGACAUGAAACUCCCAAAGCCCCAGCUGGAGCAGCCUUAUUCUGAUAGAUGGUAUGAAGUGUUACAGUUCUGCUGGCUGUCUCCUGACAAGAGGCCAGCCGCAGAAGAUGUGCACCGACUACUCACUUACCUGCGGAUGCAGAGCCAGCGGGACUCAGAGGUCGACUUUGAACAGCAGUGGACCGCUCUCAAGCCAAACACCACCAGCAGGGACACGUCAAGUAGUGCCGCCUUCCCCAUCCUUGACCACUUUGCCCGGGACCGGCUAGGUCGGGAGAUGGAGGAGGUCCUCACAGUGACUGAGACCAGCCAGGGGCUGAGCUUUGAGUAUGUGUGGGAAGCUGCCAAGCAUGACCAUUUUGAUGAGCGAGCUCGGAGUCACCCCGACGAAGCCUUGUCGUUCUCCAGCAUGUUCUUCCCAGUUGAGGUGUUUGAGAGUUCACUUUCAGAUCCUGGCCCUGGCAAACAAGAUGAUAGUGGCCAAGAAGUCCCCCUGAGGGCCCCUGGGGUGGUUCCUGUGUUUGAUGCCCACAACCUCUCUGUUGGAAGUGACUAUUACAUCCAAUUGGAAGAGAAAAGCAGCAGCAACUUAGGGCUGGAUUAUCCACCCACACUGCUCACAACUGAAGUGGAUAACCCAGAAAGGGCUGGAGCUGAGGCACCCCAGCUCACGACCCUCAAGAACCUUGUGUCUGAGGAACCCAGUACAGAUGACGAUUUCUUCCAGAGCAGUGCCCUACCUAAAGAACCCAGCUCUGCCGAGGACUCGCAUGCAGCCAGCCUCCCUGGGAGCCCUUUCAACAUUUCCAGUGACCUUGACAGAGCAGAUGACCUGCCCAGUCACCAAAAAAUAUUUGAUCUAAUGGAACUAAAUGGGGUCCAAACUGACUUUAAGCCAGCCACCUUGAGUUCGAGCCUGGAUGACCCCAAAGACACUUGCCACCCUGACAAAGAAAAGUCCCGUAAACUUUUCGACCAGGACCCUCUGUGCUUAUCAGAAAGUCUUUUGCACCAAGAUCACUUUGAUCCACUGAGUGUUCAAGAAUUAUCAAAAAACUUUUUAUUUCUUCAGGAGAAAAAUCUUCUGAAAGACUCACUGCCUAGCAAGGAGCCAGUGAACGAUCUUCAAACAGAACUUAAGAAUGCAGGUUUUACCUCGACACUGUUAGGUUCACCCCAGAGAGACUCUCUGAGUUCUGAAGUUGAGUUUCCUGAGACGACACUGGGCUUUCCUCUGUCACAGGAAAGCGUGAGCAGAGAGAAUGAAGGUACAGGUGUCAUGCCUCAGGACAGUACGUCACCACAGGCCUCCCCGGAAGUGCAGAUGCCUCCGGCCUCACUCACAGAAGAAGAACCUUCUAAUGGCCCCUUAGAUUCAAUUCUGAGGCCAGGAGAACUCAAAUCUUUUAUAGAUGUCAGAGUCCCUGAGGACUCCAUCUGCCUGGCUGUAAGCCCCAGCCCUAUGACUACCCCAGAUGAAACUCUUACUGAUGCCAAAACUCAUGAUGAGGGUGAUGGACCCCCAGACAUCACUUGCCAAAACAAGGAGGCCUUGAAUCUCACCAAAAGAGACUCCACUUUUGUGAAUGAUGAUCUUACUGGUCAGGAUAGUAUGGGGAGUAGUCUUCCAGAAUCCAGACAGGAUUUACAAAAUCAGCCAUUUUCAGAAGACCUUCUUAGUGGCAGCUCACUAGAGAAAAGUUCGGAAACUGUGGAGGCUUUAAAUGAGAUCAAUUGCAAGGCUGCCCCCAAAGAUGCAGCCCUGGCAUCUGCCCUCUCCUCAGACUCCACCAGCCAAGAUAGCCUCUUAGAAGACAGUUUGUCAACACCCAUCCCCACCUCAGAGCAGUCUGUGGAAACACCAGAUUCCCUGGACUCAGUGGAUGUCCAUGAGGCAUUGCUAGAGUCCCUGGGCUCCCACACCCCGCAGAAACUCUUGCCCCCUGAUAAGCCCGCAGAUAGUGGCUAUGAAACAGAGAACCUGGAGUCUCCUGAGUGGACCCUGCACCCUGCACCUGAGGGCACUGCUGAUUCAGACGCGACUGCAGCAGGUGACAGUGGCCAGAACAGUUUGCCUCCCAAUCCAGUCAUUGUCAUCUCAGAUGCGGGUGAUGGCCACAGGGGUGCUGAAGGCCACCCUCAGAGCUUCACACUAGGCACCCAGAGUUCGUAUCGAGACUCUGCAUACUUCUCAGACAAUGACUCAGAGCCAGAUAAAAAGCCUGAGGAGGUCCCAGUGACAUCUGCCUCUGCCUCUGCCUCUGCCCCGGCCUUGGUAAAAGGCCAGUCCCCGCCCGAGCCUGUUGUUCCAGAGGAAAGUUCUGACGUCGGAGACAGCUGUUUGGAAGCCCCACAGAGCCAGCCAGAUCAAAGUCAGGUGUCUGCUUUGCAGAAUUCUUGUCACUCAGAACUACAAGAAAUGUUGCAGCCCACACCAGCUGAUGCUUCCAGAGAGACAUUGCCUGUGGAUGAUGAGGCCAGCAGCCCCUUUAGUUUGCUGAAUUCAGAACUUAGCAGCUGUGAUGACCUGGAGACACAGGAAGAUCGCCCAUGCACCCUGGCCUCUACCGGCACCAACACUAAUGAACUCCUUGCAUACACAAGUUCCACACUGGAUAAGUCCAUGUCCAGCCACUUCGAGGGCCCGAAGCUGAAGGAACCAGACAUCGAAGGGAAGUACCUCGGCAAACUCUGUGUGUCUGGGGUGCUGGACCUCUCAGAGGAUGGGAUGGAUGCUGAUGAGGAAGAUGAGAACAGUGACGACUCGGACGAGGACCUGCGGGCCUUCAACUUGCACAGCCUUAGCUCCGAGUCAGAAGACGACACAGAGCACCCGGUGCCCAUUAUAGUUAGUAAUGAUGAUGGCAGGCACUUGCGGAGUUUGUUGAAACCCUCAGCUGCUGAGGCUAUUGAGCAGCUGCCAGAUGACUGGAAGAAAGAAAAGAAGGCAGUGACAUUUUUUGAUGAUGUCACUGUUUACCUGUUUGACCAGGAAACUCCCACCAAAGAACUGGGGCACUGUGGAGGAGAAGCACAUGGUCCUGGGCCCAGCAGCCCAGCAGCAGCAUCAGGCUCACCCUACCUGGGCAGGUGCAUGAAUUCGGAGAGCUCCACGGAUGAAGAAGGUGGAGGCUUUGAAUGGGACGAUGACUUCUCCCCAGAUCCUUUCAUGUCCAAAACAACAAGCCUUCUGGGUUCCAAGCCUUCUCUUCAAACCUCCAAAUACUUUUCUCCCCCACCACCGGCCAGGAGUGCAGAGCAGAACUGGCCACAUGUGUCCCCCUGCUCCAGGUUCUCCAUCUCUCCCGCCAACAUUGCCAGCUUCUCUCUCACACAUCUCACGGACUCAGACAUUGAACAAGGAGGCAGCAGUGAAGAUGGAGAGAAAGACUAGGCGGCUGUGGACACACUCUCCUUGCCCAAGCCGCAUUCCUGCAUGUCCGCCUGAGCGACCACAUCGACUCCUUGAUGGCUGACAUAAGGCUCAGGAAGCCAGCUCCCUCUGCAGCCCUCGCCUGUCCUGCUCCUGCAUUAGACACGCUCUGUGCUGGGCAUCCUGUUGAGGUGGCUGCACUUCCACAUGGCUGUGGCGCAUGAGUGUUGGGGACCUGUGCACCCCCAGUCAUGGGUCUGUUUUCUGUAUGGGUGUCUUCCCCACCACAUCUGAGCUUCUAGUUUGGGCACAGGUGCCACAAAGGGGUACACCAGGGGAAUGGUCACAAGUGAGCCAUAUUUAUUGUUUUUUAAGAAAAUCACUAAUUGCUGUCUGACUGCACUGUGGGUGAGUGUUUGAGCUCCCAAUAUUGUACAGCAUCGUAAAUUAUACAAGGAAAACAUGGCAGGCCAAGAUGGUGCUGUCCACUGUUUUUUAGGCUUUUUUGUUCUGUUUUGUUUUGUUUUUGUUUUCUUUCUUUCUUUUUUUUUCCUGUCUUCUCGUGUGUUUGCCCUGCAUGGUACUGUAAAGCUUCAAUAUUUUGAGUGUUCUGUCUUCAGACCUGUGGGAAGUGUACAUGGGUACUUUUUCCCAGGCCAUGCUGACUCUGGGUGUUUGUGUUCUAUGUUCCUAGAGGAAAUAUUUCUGAUGAGUUCAGAACUGCUGCUUAGUUUUGUUGAUUGCAUCAAGCAUGUUUCUGUAUAAGGUGGAUUCUCUCUGAGCAGCCUGUCCUGCCUCUUGUGCUUUUAAAUCCUCUUGGUAAAAAUCCAAUAAGAGAUGCACCCAGAACUCAGUGCUCUCAGUGCCCAGGGCCAUUUUGUGGUGUGGCAGAUGAGGCCCAUAUACUUCCUCUCCACAGAGGCCAGCCUGCAAGAGUUCUCAUAUGUCCUGCAGGCAGGCGGGGACCUCUGAGGCCCCACGAAGAACGGUGGGUGCAAAGAGCAGUUUGUCCAGUGUAGAUGCUGCUGAGAGAGCUGUUUGCAAAUGGCUGGGGUUGGGGCUUCCCAUUCCAGGACACAGCACCCAGGAGACGGCAGCACUCUGCACCUGCAGGGCCUCCAGCAACCCUGGGGGACCCACACAUGCCUCCCCAUCUGUGUCAAGCACUCUGCUCUCCUCUUGUUCUGAAAGGGAUCUCAAGUCUCCAGCAUAGCCUCAGCAUCGAAGGAUCUGGUAUCCCCAACACAAGGCUGGCCUCACUCUGCUGGCCAGGAGUCCGCUUUGACGUAAGGAAGUGUUGGCGGCCAGUGCCAUGGCAAUGCCAUGUUGAGCGGGAACUGCACCUGUUGGGUUGGCUCUUACAUGGGCUGAUGACCCCAGUACUUCCCGGUGCUGACCCCACUAUCCAGACUCCAGUGUGACAUUGGGGUGUCUCCAGGCCCUGACUGGGACAUGGUGUUGUCAAUCAGAGGGACUUGGGCCCGCCUACAGAGUGCGAGUGUGGAUGUCGGCAUCAGUUUACAUAGCAAAUUAUGAUCUUUAUUAGCAACUCUUGAUUCGAUCCAUGAAUUUUUUUAUACUAAGCAAUAACUUUAUAAUCAACAGAAGACAAUUAAGAACAGAGUCUCCUUUUCCCAUACUUGGUGCAGGCCUAGCAUGCCGGGGCUCCAUAGAAAGCACUGGAUCUUGUGACAUGUAUAUUACAAACAGGGCAUUUGAAAGUAAUUUUGCCAAAAUUAUCAUAACUAAAUUUUUUUGCUGUGUGAAAUUUCUGAUAUUUUUUUUUACCUCUAUCUACCAGUCUUAGUUGAGAAGGAGAGAAGCAGUUAUAUUAAGAUUUUUUUCUUUUCAAAUUAUAGGUUUAAGAAGUUCAGAUUCACUGAUUACAAUCAUAGGGAUCCAUAGACUCUAUAUAUAGGCUUCUUACACAGCCAGCCCGGGGUAGAUUUAUUGAUGGCUGAGAGCUGGCCAUCUUUCACCAUGUUGAGGGAAUUUUAACAAUACAAUCCCAUUUAUAUUUAUAUCUAUAUCACUCUCAUGGUUAAUUGCCAAAACAAAAGCAUUUUAUAUCUUGAGUUGGUGGGGGUGGGUGGGUCUUUUCUGUGGCAUCACAUGGAAGGGAAGACUAGUGUGUAACACUUGUCAGUGCGCCCUCCCAAAGUCCCAAGCAAUAUACAGACGUCUCCAGAGAUUAAAUUCCUGCCCAUUUUUGAAAAGUGAGCAUGUGCUUUGCCAUCCAAUAUGGGUUUUGUCUUGUUUUGUUUUUUGUUUUUGUUUUUGGCUUUUUCAAGACAGGGUUUUUCCGUGUAGUUCUGACUGUCCUGGAAACAUGCUUUGUAGACCAGGCUGGCCUCAAACUCACAGAGAUCUGCCUGCCUCUGCCUCCCAAGUUCCUCCACCACACCCAGUUGGUUUUGUUUCAGUGAUAAUUUGGUUGCUGUUGGUGGGCUUCCAGACUUGCUCAUUCAACAAGCAGUGAAAUCAGUGGCCCUGUAGCUGGCUCGGGGUUGGACCCAGUGGUUCUUUCCUGCCUUCCUGAGUGCCCAUCUUCCACCUAUCAGACUGGAAACUGACCUUUGAAGUUCUCUUUAAAAAUAAAAUAAUAAUGAGCCCUCCAUGUCUUCCUUUGCUAUCCUCCAUUUGUUAUAUGAAGACUGAUCCUAAGUCAGAAAGAAAAAUGUAGUCCCCUCCCAAUGAGACUCAGACUCUGCCUGGCCAGAGUCAGUCACUGAAAGGCUACAGUUGCCAGCGGCCUCUGUUUCCAGCUGUAGAGGCCUGACUGUUUUUAGGAAGAUGGCUUUAUCUAAGAAGGUCUGUCUCCCUGCUGUGAAAUGCCCUUUUAAACCUUUUUUUUUUCUUCAUAUUUCUCAUAGGGUAUUUGUAGAAUUAGUGACCUAUUGCAUGUCUGUCCCCGGGGCUGGGGAAGAAAGCAGGCAGCGCCUCAACCUCCCCCCCACCUCAGCCCAUUGCCUGAAAUCUCAGGUGUAACCAAGUGUCAGGUUCUGUGUGCUACACCUCAGAGCACCCACCUCGAGAGACUGGGCAGACACGGUUACUUCAAACAUACAUCUCAAUAUUCCUUAGGUAGCACACAGGGUGGCACUGUUUGGCCAUAAGGAAACGCCGUUUAACUUCCAAAUAGGUUCUUAAGAUGCUCUGACAGUAUUGUGUCACCCAUAGCCAUCGCAGUGGCUGAGCAUGUGGUGUUUGGUUACUGAAGCCUGCACAGGCGAAGCUGGGUCUGGACGACCAGACUUGUGCACGUGCCCACUGUUUGAUCAUGUCCACAGCUUGAGACCUGGGUGGGGCAGUCACACCCUCCAGGCCUGCCACCUACUGGGUUGUACUUCACACAGUCAGAAGGUUCAUGGCAAAAUAACAGUUAAUGAACUUGGAGUUUAAAUUGUGUACAUUUUUAAAUUGUAAGAUUUUUACUGUAUAUUGAAACUUAGUGUGAUUCAAUAAAUUGCUUGUAAUUUAAAAACUA